CGCGCAGAGCGUCGAACGCAAUAGGCUUGACAGCUGUUAUUCAAUUAACGUCACUUCCGUUUGGUGAGUUCGGCAGGAGUUUUUCAAUUAACGUCACUUCCGUUUGGUGAGUGAGGCAGCCGGAGCUGUGCUAUGGCGAUGGGAGAAAUGAUACGGAGAUGAGGGAAGCGGACAAAUCGGACAACAUGAAAUCCCAAGACAGGGUUUUUGGGUUGGGGCGUCGGGGAGGAGAGAGGAAGAGAUGCGACUCCUUUGUGAACAGUCUGUUUGAAGAGGCAGAGAACGCUGGCGCUCUUAUUGCUUCUCCAGAAGAUGAAGAAAACAAAGCCGAUGUCAUCAUCAAAAUGUGGAAAAAUGGCUUCACAAUCAACGACGGGCAACUCAGGGAUUACAGCGUUGCUGAGAACCGACAGUUCAUGGACUCCAUGCGCAAAGGGGAGCUCCCCGAGGAGUUACAGAAAACAUUUGAUAAAGAAGAGAUCGAUGUCAACGUUGAAGACCGAAAGAAUGAAGAUUAUUUAUUACGAAAGCCCAAUAUCGAUCCAUUCUCAGGUGUAGGACACCGACUGGGAAGCGCCACACCAAAAGUCAUUACCAAAGAAACCUGCAAUGAACAGAGUCUUCCGUCCGUGGAGCUGAAUGAACUGGAGCCUCUCACAAACAUAAAGAUUUGGAUGGCUGACGGAAAGAGGAUUGUACAGAAGUUCAACACCUCUCAUAGAAUUAGUGACGUGCGAGACUUCCUAGAAAGAAUCCCUUUCAAAUCGAUGCACGUGCCGUUCACCCUCGCAGCCUCCUUCCCUCUCUCUGAUCUUCUGGAUGAGACAAUCACCAUUCAGGAAGCAAAUCUGCAGAACUCGGUUCUGGUCCAAAAACUACAGAAAACCACAGAACCCUUCAGGGACUCGUAGCUGCACAAGUCUCAGUCCAGAAACCUUGAUCGUUUUCUGCAUUUGACCAGCACUGUGAUUGGCCUGUGGGCGCCCAAUAGAGUUAGUUGUUUAUUCUA